AUGGCUACACCGCCUAAGAGAAUCUGCCCUUCGCCCGCCACCAACUCUGAGGGGACCCGUAUCAAGAAAAUCUCUAUGGAAGGGAACAUAGGUGCAGGGAAGUCGACAUUUGUGAAUAUCCUAAAACAAAUCUGUGAGGACUGGGAAGUUGUUCCUGAACCUGUUGCCAGAUGGUGCAACGUUCAAACUACUCAAGAUGAGUUUGAGGAACUGACAACAUCUCAGAAAAGUGGUGGCAAUGUUCUUCAGAUGAUGUAUGAGAAACCUGAACGAUGGUCUUUUACUUUCCAGUCAUAUGCCUGCCUCAGUCGCAUACGAGCUCAACUUGCCUCUCUCAAUGGCAAGAUCAAAAACACAGAGAAACCUGUAUUGUUUUUUGAACGAUCGGUGUAUAGUGACAGGUAUAUUUUUGCAUCUAAUUUGUAUGAAUCUGACUGUAUGAAUGAAACUGAGUGGACCAUUUACCAAGACUGGCAUGACUGGAUGAAUAACCAGUUUGGACAAAGCCUUCAACUGGAUGGAAUCAUUUAUCUUCGAGCCACUCCAGAGACAUGCUUGAAUAGAAUAUAUUUACGGGGAAGACAUGAAGAACAAGGCAUUCCUCUUGAGUAUUUAGAGAAACUUCACUAUAAGCAUGAAAACUGGUUACUGCAUAGAACACUGAAAACCAACUUUGAUUAUUUACAAGAGGUACCUAUCUUAAUACUGGAUGUUAAUGAAGACUUUAAAGACAAGCAUGAGAGUCUGGUUGAAAAGAUAACUGGGAGUUGUCCAUAUUCUGUUAAGUGA